CGUCCGAGGCAUGCCAAGUUCUUCGAGUAAUUUACACAAUGCCUCGAAUAAGGCCGUUACAAGAGAGACAGCAACAGUGGAGUCCAAGAAUGCUCAGCUGACUAUCUUUUAUGCUGGUAAAGUUUUGGUAUUUGAUGAUUACCCAGCUGAGAAAGUAACAGAACUUGCAGAAUUUGCUAGCAAGGAAAGCUGUAAGGAAUCCCAAGGCAUAUUGUCGAACCACGUUAAAGAAAAACUAAAUUCGAGUAAUGCUGUGGUGUCGACCGCUACUGCACGAGACAGACUUCCUCCAAGACCUGAUGCCGCCUCUUCUCGUAAGGCUAAAUGGACUUUGCCCGAUCCCGACAAGGAGGCAAAGGAAAGGCUUCCGCCCCGACUCGACCCUAGUGGUUCUCAUAAGGCUAAAGGGAUUUUGCUGAAUUCGAGCACUGAGAAAAUGAACACUGGCGGUGCUGUAGCCUAUUGCUCUAGACCAGAAGAAAGGAUUUCACCACAACUUGAAGCCAGUGAUUCUGAUUUGCCAAUUGUAAGAAGAUCAUCACUUCAUCGAUUCCUUGAAAAGAGGAAAGAUAGGACUGUAAGAGAGCAAAACCAAAUUCAAGAGCAGCCUGAAUAUUCAUCCAAGCCUGAUGAGCAGCUUGAGCUCAAAUUAUAGAUAAUUGGGUUACAAGGUUUAAACUAGCUUACACUACCACUAUCUUGAAUGAUUUUUUUUUCAAUUUAUUAAUCUCGUUAUUUGGGUUUUAUUAUGGAUAGAACUUAACAGUUUAUUAAUGAUUCUUCAAUUUUUCUUUCACUUCCA